AUGAAUCCUGUGCUCGGAAUGGACAACGAAGAAACCCGUGACAUCUCAGUGGACUCUGGCACGGUCAGUGGUGACGCGACAGAACAACAGGACGAGAAACAAGAGUCGGCGCAGGAGGUGGACAUGAGCGAGAAAGAAGAGAAAUCACAAGUCGUCUCCGAUGACUCCAACGUUGACAACGCCGUCGCCGUCGCUGCGCUCCACAGCGGUAACGACGCUUCUACCACCAACGCUCCGCCUUGCGCCGAGACUGAUCAAGACACAAAAACCAAACUCGCCAUCAGUCAAAUUCCCACCGACAUCCACAAACGCAGCACCUUUGACAACACCUACCUCGAGUUUCCUUUCACCCUCGACGCACACAAGGUCUUCGUGAAAGACUUCCAAGACCGCUGGGGCUUCGGCUGUUUGAGCAAAAUCAUCAUCAGAAUGACCACCGUCCUCCACAGCGUCUUCGCCUGGAACGUUGGCGACCAUGUCGCCAACGCUCUGCGCAUUCGCAAGUACCACCCUGAAAUCCUCAUCGCCGACGUGGCCGCCCAGAUCAAAAAGCGCACCAACUCGGCCGUCGAACUUGCCGCCAACGGCAGCUGGUGUUCUCCCGAUGUGGGCUUCGCCCACGUCGAUGCCUACUACCCCGGUGUGGUGUUUGAGAUCGGCUACGCCCAGCAGAAGAUGGCGUUUGGGGAAGUCGCCCAGGCGUACAUCCAGGGCUCAAAUGGUGAGAUACAGGUUGUCGUAGCGUUUGAGAUCGAGUACCCUGCGGCCAAGCAGGCCAAGUACUACGUCUGGAAGAAGAAGGUGGCCUCGGAUGGCGAGAUCCAGGCCGAGUUGGCCGAUGAGGAGGAGUUCCAAAAGGCAGACGGAACAGUGAACAAGGACUGCCGCGGCAUCCACCUCAGCCUGGCCGAUUUCUGCCCUGCCCGCAUGAUCCCCGGGGAGGCGAAGCCACUGCUCAACCUUCCCACCUGUCUCGGCCACGACACCGGCAUCCACAUUCCAGCGUCGGAACUGUGCUUCUUACUCGACAUCGCGGUCAGAAACCACCAGCUCAUGCAGACCCACCUGCAGACACAGGCAUGA